CCCACGAGAAGGGGCACGAACAUCGCCAAAUCCCAUUCUUUUUCCCAAGGCGCAGGAUGAAAGUACUUCCCUAGAACUUGGUGCUAAAAUAAAUCUCCCUUCAUCCUAUCUAAAGCCUCUGCCCCCUCCCGUCAUUACUGCCCACGGGUCUGUUUCUGUGGGUGGGGUGCCAGAGAGCCUCUGAAACCUGAAAACCCUGGAGGACCCCUUCUGAGCCCUAGCCCACACCAGCAGUCCUCUCCCACACGGGGGUCUCUUCUUUUGAGACACUGGGCGCGAACGGGGGGCUCUGCGCUGGGGAGGCCUCAGCUGGAUCCUGCCGGGAAGAAGAAAGGGAGCCACCGCAGAGGGGGGCAGCCCCGCCCCGGUCCGCUAGCUCUGCUGCGGAUUGGUUCGGUGUCACUAUAUCUGGGAUGCCUUCCUGGCACCAAGCUACCACGUCCCCAUUGUCUCCACCCGACGUCCGUCAGACCUCCGUACUUGGCUUCGCAGUGCCCGCCACUGUCUCCUGCGCUCCCGCGCUGCGUUCUGCCCAGGCCUUGCCCAGCUGGAAUGCAGAGAUCGCCGCCCGGCUACGGCGCACAGGACGACCCGCCCUCCCGCCGCGACUGUGCAUGGACCCCCGGACUCGGGGCCGCUGCUGAGCCGCGCGGCCUCCCCAUCACCAACGUCUCGCCCACCUCGCCUGCCUCGCCGUCCAGCCUUCCGCGGAGCCCACCGCGCAGCCCCGAAUCAGGGCGCUAUGGCUUUGGCCGCGGAGAGCGCCAAACGGCCGACGAGUUGCGCAUCCGGCGGCCCAUGAACGCCUUUAUGGUGUGGGCGAAGGACGAGCGCAAGCGACUGGCGCAACAAAAUCCGGAUCUCCACAACGCAGUGCUGAGCAAGAUGCUGGGCAAAGCGUGGAAGGAGCUGAACACGGCGGAGAAGAGGCCCUUCGUGGAAGAGGCCGAACGGCUGCGUGUGCAGCACUUGCGCGACCAUCCCAACUACAAGUACCGGCCUCGCCGCAAAAAACAGGCGCGCAAGGUCCGGAGGCUGGAGCCUGGCCUCUUGCUCCCGGGUCUCGUGCAGCCGUCUGCGCCGCCCGAACCCUUCGCUGCAGCAUCAGGCUCAGCUCGCUCCUUCCGCGAGCUACCCACUCUGGGUGCGGAGUUCGAUGGCUUGGGGCUACCCACGCCCGAGCGCUCGCCUCUGGACGGCCUGGAGUCUGGCGAGGCCUCCUUCUUCCCACCGCCUUUGGCGCCCGAGGACUGCGCUCUGCGGGCUUUCCGGGCGCCCUAUGCCCCCGAGCUGGCACGGGACCCGAGCUUCUGCUAUGGGUCAUCCCUGGCUGAGGCGCUCAGGACAGCGCCGCCUGCCGCGCCGCUCGCGGGCCUCUACUAUGGCACCCUGGGCACUCCGGGCCCGUUUCCCAAUCCUCUGUCACCACCACCUGAGGCCCCGUCUCUUGAGGGCACAGAGCAAUUGGAGCCUACCGCCGACCUUUGGGCCGAUGUGGACCUCACCGAAUUCGAUCAGUAUCUCAAUUGCAGCCGGACUCGACCGGAUGCCACUGCACUCCCCUACCAUGUGGCACUGGCCAAACUAGGUCCGCGUGCCAUGUCCUGUCCAGAGGAAAGCAGCCUCAUUUCUGCACUGUCUGACGCCAGCAGCGCGGUCUAUUACAGCGCUUGCAUCUCAGGCUAGACACUGUCCUCCUUGCCCUCCACUGCUUCUGCAUGUGGCCAAGUGGCAGGGCCUUGCCUGUUUCCUUCCUUUCGCAUAUGUAUGUUAGAGUAUGCAGCAGCCUUUAGAGCUGGUGGCCUAAGCGUGCCACUUCUGUCGCCUCCUCAUUCACACACCUCCUUCUGGGGGCUCCUGUGAGUUGGGCCUUCCCUAGGAACCUCAGGCCCUGGACUUGCUAGCAGCCUCUGUCAGGGUUGUUUUUGAAUCAUCUAAUUCUUUCCUGCUAUGUAUUUUCUAGAACGAGACUGUAUUUUUUACUUUGCCUUUAUAUAUAUAUAUACAUAUAUAAUACAAUAUAUUUAAUUUUUAAUUAAACUUUUUUCUUUACAAGG